AUGGGAUCCGGGUUAAUAUGGAGUGCCGCUGGCGUUCUAGGCUAUGGCAUUUGUUUGCUGCUGCUGAGCAUCGCAUCAGUUGCUUUGUAUAGGCUGUUUCUCCAUCCUCUCGCACAGGUGCCGGGCCCAAAAUUAGCUGCUAUUUCUAAUGUAUGGCAUGCAUAUCAUGCUCGAAAUGGUGGCAUGUUCGAAUUGGCAUGCACACUCCACCAGAAGUAUGGCGAAGUAGUGCGAGUUGGCCCCGAUGAACUUUGGUUCACUAGCAUGGAGGCUUUUGACAAGAUCUACAGUAGCACCAAAGGAUACGAAAAGAGUGACUUUUAUUUGGCAACCAGCUUAAUCAUGCCAAAAAUAGAUUACUUUUUGCGUCCUCAUUUUGUCGACAGCUUGGAUCUACUGUCCGAGAGGGACAUGAAGCGCUAUCGCCUCCAAAGACGGCUAAUUGGGCGAGUCUACCAAACAGCCAAUGUGACCAAGUUUGAAGCAGCAGUCGACGAUGUUAUCAAGCAAGUCAUUACGCGGCUGAAGGCUUUGGAUGGCGCGGAACUAGACUUGAAGGAGUGGAUGCACAUCAUUGCCGUCGAGUGUCUUGGUGCUUCUGUUUUGUCUUGGUCUCCGGGACUGCUCAAAGCUGGAACUGACUGGGGAUCAAGCGGUCACAGCUAUCUUGCUUGGAGAAGGAAGAGUGUCAUGGGUCUGUUUCCGACCAUGACCAAAUUGACCAUGUGUACAAACCUAUUCGAAUGGGUUUUCAGAGAUGUCUGGAACUUGAAGUACACUGCUCCACCCAAUUUUCGAUCAUUCUUUCCUGACGUGGGAAAGCGUAUAUCUCGGAGGAUCAAGACUGCGUUGAACCCAAAUGCUGGUAAAGAUCGCCGGGUAGAUUUAAUGGCAGACCUCGUUCAACUCCACAAAGAUAGGCCUGAAUUCACAGAGGUCUAUCUUCGAAAAAUGGGAAUGACCAAUUUUGGCGCGGGCCACGACACGAUGGCUUCGACACUGACAGCCAUUUUCACAAUGAUUGGAACACACGGCGACGUACAGAAGAAAGUAACAGAAGAAAUCCGGAGCGCCAAGGAUCCAUUAUCAUAUGCGGGCGCAGUUCAGUUGCAGUAUACGCGCGCAGCUUCUAGAGAGGCCAUGCGCCUUCACCCAGCCUUGACAAUGUCACUCUCUCGUCGAGUUCCUGAUAACGGCCUGCAUGUCCACGGGCACUUCAUCCCAGGAGGCACGACAGUCGGGUGCAACCCAGCGGCGUUGCAUCGAAAUGCAAACAUUGUGACAGGCUCAGACCCAGAGGCCUACAGCCCGGACCGAUGGCUCAGUGGCGACGCUCUUGACGUGCGCCUCAUGGAACGCUACAGCCUCAACUGGGGCGGUGGCCCAAGGACUUGUCCGGGCAAGAACUUGGCCGAGAUGGUGGUGUACAAAGUCGUAUCAGCCCUAUUCGAACGAUUCGACGUAGAGGUGGUGGCACCGGCGCAGAUUGGGCAACCGUCGUACUACAUGUCGAUGAUCACAGGCGCAAAGGCCCGAUUCUUGCCCGUCGCUCCACUGAUGGCCGAGGAAGGCUCUAAAAGAACUGGUUAA